AUGGAUAAUCCACUUAUCAAUCAUGAUGAUAUUCACCAUGAUCAAGAAUCACAAGACGAAAUCAUGAAGAAGAUCACUGAAGAGAAACUAUUUGCCGCUGCCAAUGACGCCGCCAAUCAACAUCAAGAAUUUUAUCAUGGAAGUGCCGGGUCAGACGGGAGCGACGUCGAGCAAUCAGACGCCGAAGACGAUUCCAUCAGUUCAUCAUCUGGUGAUGACUCCUCUUCAUAUGAGGACGAUGAGGAGGAGGACGACGAUGAGGAAUACGAGGAUGACGACGAAAGUGACGACGACGACACAGAGGACCAAAGUGAUGAAUCUAAUGAUCACUGCCAUUUUGACGACUUGGAGGAGUUCCAGCAGCAGUUCACUCAAUCAUCAUCAUUCUCUUUGUCUCUCAGAUUGAAGGGCGCAACAUUACCAUCGCCAACAACAUCAUUAUCAUCAUCAUCGUCAUCACUAAAGUUGGUCACUUGCGAUUUUAUCUCGGACGACGAGGAUGAGGAGGACUCAGAGACUGCCAGCCUGAACGUAGAGCUAGUUGAUGCACUCAGGUCGACUGCACAACAGCUGAGCGUUGGUGGCAACGUCAAGCUUCACACUCCCUGGUGGUUCAACAACGAGGACGAGUCCCAUAUCAAGGCCAUCCUACAGGCGUAUGCCGAUCAUUUGGAGCUGGACGCACAUAACCGUGCGGUCAUCCGCGCACCCAAGUCCUUCAUUGGACGCGUGCAUCGCAGGAUCGUCAUCAACGACCACGCCACCUUCAAGACUAUCGACACUGUCAAGGUGUACCAGUGGACCCUGCAACCGAUCGGGCUGCCACUGGACCCGUCAAGAGACAACUACGUCAUCCUCACUACGUGGGACCGCGAGUCGGGCAUGCCCACCCACUUUGAGACGCAGGCCGUGCACUCCAUGCAGCGCUAUUGGCAUGACACGCAGUCGAUGUGCUCCAAGCAGAUGCUGCAGCAGGGACAAUCAUUCCUGUUCUGCUCGCCCGUGUUUGACUCGCGCGAUCAAUACCGCUUCUGGGUGGACAGUGUCAAGUACCCCAUCGAGUAUCUCGUCGGCAGAUCCACUCGCCAUCCCUCCAUCCAGCCUCGCUUCCCUCUCCUAUGUCAUUCGUCCAACAUCUACUCCCACAGUCUCAUUCCCCAUCUCAAGAUCAGCAGUUCAUCCACCUGCAGCGAUGACAUCAAUGAUUGUGUCACAGCC